AGAUGGUGUGCGAGCCACCCGAGAAUAGACGCGUUCCGGACUCGGCCGAAAGAAACCCGGCGAGGCAGAGCUCUGCCAGUGCCUUGGCUGCCUGGCUGGAGGGAAGACUCGUCCCGAGUACCAGGGGCUGGGGGCUGCGAGGCGCUGGAAGCUGAGAGAGAGCAGCCCCGAGCAGGGAUGGACAUGAUGCUGUUGGUGCAGGGUGCUUGUUGCUCAAACCAGUGGCUGGCUGCUGUGCUCCUCAGCCUGUGCUGCUUGUUGCCCUCCUGCCUCCCAGCCGGACAGAGUAUGGACUUCCCUGGGGCAGCUGUGGACAACCUGGUGGUCAGAAAAGGGGACACGGCUGUGCUUAGGUGUUAUUUGGAAGAUGGAGCUUCAAAAGGUGCCUGGCUGAACCGGUCAAGUAUUAUUUUUGCAGGAGGUGAUAAGUGGUCAGUAGAUCCUCGAGUUUCAAUUGCAACAGCAAAUAAAAGGGAAUACAGUCUACAGAUACAGGAUGUAGAUGUGACGGAUGACGGUCCAUACACUUGUUCUGUGCAGACCCAACACACUCCGAGAACAAUGCAGGUGCACUUAACUGUACAAGUUUCUCCGAAGAUAUCUCGUAUUUCAACUGACAUUGUUGUGAAUGAAGGAAGCAAUGUGACACUUAUUUGCUUGGCCACUGGGAAACCAGAGCCUUCCAUUUCUUGGAGACAUAUCUCUCCAUCAGCAAAACCAUUUGAAAAUGGACAAUAUCUGGACAUCUAUGGAAUUACAAGAGACCAGGCUGGGGAAUAUGAAUGCAGUGCAGAAAAUGAUGCCUCAGUCCCAGAUGUGAAAAAAGUAAAAGUCACAGUAAACUUCGCCCCCACAAUUCAGGAACUUAAAUCCAGUGGUGUGAUGCUAGGAGGUAAUGGACUGAUAAGAUGUGAAAGUGCAGGAGUUCCUGCUCCAGUCUUUGAGUGGUACAAAGGAGAGAGAAAACUGAUCAAUGGUAAACAUGGAAUUACUAUUAAAAACUAUAGUACAAGAUCACUUCUCACUGUCACCAAUGUAACAGAGGAGCAUUUCGGCAACUACACAUGUGUCGCUGCCAACAAGCUGGGAGUGACCAAUGCCAGCCUGCCUCUCAACCAAAUUAUUGAGCCUACUACCUCUAGUCCUGUCUCAAGCCCAGCUCCAAGUACAGCCCAGUAUGGAAUUACCGGUGGUGCUGAAGUUCUGUUCUCCUGCUGGUACCUUGUGUUGACACUAUCCCCUUUCACCAGCAUAUUCUACCUGAAGAACAUCAUUCUACAAUAA